AUGGCAACAGCGAUGUUACAAACUAAAGAAUCAAGAACCAGACUAGCACGUAUAUUAUUAGUUGUAUCAGAUGUGUGUCCAGAAAUAAUGCAAGAACUUCUUCUAAAUAGCAUUCCACCACGAACACUUUUUAAUAUGAUCCAAAAUGACAAAAAAAUGAAGGACAAUCUCAAUUCAAAGAAACAAAAGAUAGUUCAAGACAUGUUUCAUAAGGGAUAUGCUGACAUUGAUGUGACUUUUGCGUAUAACAUGUAUAAAUUACUUAAAUAUUUCAAUCUUAUACGAACCCCAUUACAGAAUUGGGGACGAGAACCUAGGUCAUGUGAUUUAUUAGUCAGUGAUGACGUAGAAAGAAUUCAUCAUUGGCGUAAUAGUGUUUGCCAUAGAGCUUCAAAAGAAGUUUCAGAAACAGAACUGCAAAAGUAUUUUACAGACUGCAUUGAAGUUGGAAGACGUUUCGAUAAGGAAUUUCAUAGACAUUUAAAUUUUGGUUAUUUCAUAAAAAUAUUGGCGCUUCAAACACAAUCGAUUGACGCUGCAACAGAAGCUAAAUAUACAAAUGCACUUGAGGAAAUUUGUGAGUUGAAAUUGCAAAUAAGGCAUACAAUGAAGAAUGAUAAAACACUGGAUAUUUACUAUGGGAUAGAUAUUGAAAGUUUGAUGCAGGAAACAAAUGAAAUGGAUCGUCAGUUAUAUAAUUAA